AUGUUCAGAGUUAUCAAGAAUCUCAAAAAGGUAAAAGAAGCAUUGAAAGAGCUGAAUAAACAAGGAAAUGUUGACUCAGCUGGGUUUCCAUUGGCAGUGGACCUAGUGAUGCGAUGUGUCACAACUCCCAUGUUUUACCUUAUGAUCAAUGUUGGAAGGAAAGCUUUCAAAUUGUUCUCAGUCACUUCAGGAUUGCAAGCUAAUGUAAACAAAUAUGCUAUCUACACUUAUGGAAUCGCGGAGGAGGAGGCACCUAUGAUUAAAUUGAAACCACUCCCUAAUCAUUUAAAGUAUGUUUUCCUUGGUGAGAGAGAAGCUUUACUAGUGAUCAUCUUUAGUAAGUUAACCAAUGAACAAGAAGAGAAGUUGGUGGUGCUCCUGAAGGAGUAUAAAUUGGCUAUUGGAUGGACUAUUGCUGACAUUAAGGGUGUAAGUCCAUCCACAUGCAUGCAUCAGAUAUUGCUAGAGGAGGAGGCCAAGCCAGUGAGACAACCCCAACACAGAUGGAAUCCACCUAUGAUGGAGAGAAAGGAUCAUGUCUCCUUGCUCUUUAUUGACCAAAUGCUUGAGAGACUUGUAACGCGUGCUUUUUAUUGUUUUCUUGAUGGUUAUUUAGGAUAUUUUGAGGUACUUGUGGCGCCGGAAGAUCAAGAAAAGACUACUUUUACAUGUCCAUUCAGCACAUUUGCAUAUCGCCGUAUGCCCUUUGGAUUAUGUAAGGCACCUGCAACUUUUAAAAUGUGUAUGAUGAGCAUCUUCUCAGAGUAUUUUGAUCAUUUCAUGGAGGUUUUUAUUGAUGACUUUACUGUCUAUGGUGAUUCUUUUGAUACUUGCUUACAUCAUUUGUCUCUUGUGCUCAAAUGUUGCUUAGACUCUAACCUUUUUUUGAAUUCUGAAAAAUGUCACUUUAUGUUUGAACAAGGUAUAGUGUUAGGUCAUGUUAUCUUACCUAAGGGAAUCAAGGUGGAUAAAGCAAAAAUUGACAUCAUUCGAUCUCUCCCUUAUCUCACUAAUGCUCGUGAAUUGCGAUCUUUCUUGGACAUGCAAGUUUUUAUCGUAGGUUCAUUAUGGCUUUUCCAAUGA